CACAGAAACCAAGACGGAGCUGAAAGACCUUUCUCGUUAGUUUGAUGGAGCUCUAAUACGUUAUCCGCCGCGUGAUCUCGGCCGUCUGACGAUGCGGUGCGCUGGUAGCCACCAACAAUUGGCUGAGUUUGGAGGUCGAGACCAACGAUACCGCUGUACGGAGUAUGGAGUACCUGAAACCUGGAACAAAAUGAAAAUAGCUCGUCCGGCUGAUUCUUGCGCCCAUCAUGCCGGAUCUUUUAGAUGCACCACCUUGAUAUUGUUUGGGAGUCGGAAUGCAACUGAACCCACACGAGUAGCGUUGUCAAGAAGUUCUCGAGGACCCGGAAACGAAGCAUUCCGCCGAGUUUCAAGAUUGCUUACUCGCCUUGAACAUGAUCGAUCCUCCAAGGCUUGUGCCACGCCCGGUUGGAUGGCAGGUUGUCGUGUCUCCGAACAAAACAUAGGGCUCUUCUUAUGUCAAGAAAAUGGACCCGGCCGUCCCAGUGCGAAGAUACGCACCAGCCAGCUGCAUCCGAGAUUGCGGAGUGUGAGCAAACGAGGUUUGCGGCCAACGGACCACAAUGGGGCAAGUUGAUAUGGUCAUGCCUGUGCAUGGUGUGUGCUAUUUUUUACACUGCGUUUGCAAAUCGAUGAUCGGGCCGCAAAACGCCCAAGUGAUGAUUCUCUCUGGGCAAACUGGAGCAAAUUGCAGCCUCUGCAACCUGGAGGUGACGAAAGGACAGGCUACGGCUGAGCCAAUAUUUGCAUCGAGCCCUGUGUACCCUACGUGUAACAAAAACUAUGUUGACUGAGAAGUCAUUGUGAGCUUAACUUCAAGCUCAAUUUCCUUGCGUUG